UGACACAUGAACAUGAUAAUGUUCCGAUGUCGCUCACCCGCUGAGGCGCCGCUCGGCGCGGCCCUACACCAUCAGAACAUUCGUCGAAUAUGCUGGCGGGAUCAUGACGACGUCGAUGGUGGGAGCGGCGGACCGUUUGCUUGCGCAGCGCACCCUGCCGCCACAGACGGGGCGCUUCGCCGCUCCGCGAGGGCUUGCGGUCUCGUUGGAAGCGGGGGGGUGGGCUCAGACCGAGUUCACCAGGAGGAGGAGGAGGAGAAGGAGGAGGAGGAGGAGGAGGAGGAGGAGGAGAUGGCGGGCGGAGCUCGUGGCCCAGUUGCUUGGUCGAUCUGUGGCCCAGCGCUUCGCCACGCUGGCAGUGGCAACGGGCAGGUGGCGGCGGUGGCUUGCCCGAGGCGGCUGUGCCAAUAAUGCAGCAGACGAGGGAGGAGCGAGGGCGCUGGAGCGAGCACGGAGGAAAAGAGGAGGGGGAGAAGGCGUAGAACGACAGAGCGGGAAGGCCUCAGCGCCACAGCGCCGCGUCCAGGCUCUGUGCUGCGCGAGACCGCACCGCCGUGG